UAGGACAUAUCCAGUAGCAACGAGUUUCUCCGCUUGUUUUCGCCCCUGCCGUAUUUUGUUCGCGCGCCCAAGCUUGAACCAAAAGAAAAUAAAGACAGCGAUCGCUAUACACCACACGCAUGUGCGCACAUGAACAAAGCGCGCCACUUAUAUCCUUCGCGCCUGACCGAUCAAAAAAAUAUAUCGCUUAUUACGUCUGAUAGUGAAGGUGCCUCUACGCUUCACUUGCAGCAAGCGCCAGAGCGUGCACCACACCGUGCAUGUUUGCACAUAUUAUGAAAUCGAAACGAGCCAUAGGACCGGCAAGCUUGUUCCAAGAAUGCACCCCCCCCCCCCCCUUUUUUUUCAAAAAAGAAAAAUGAAAGGAAUAAUAGACACCCGCAGUUAUCCUUUCAACCCAUUCGCUUCUUUAUGUGGAGAGAGUAGGUUUGAUCGUUUCACCAAUGCAGUUUCACUCGCCGGCGAACUGCCGCUCAGCAACGGGUGCGCGCGCGGUGGAAUGCGGCUCUAAGCCCUCCAAGACAGGUUUCUUUCCCCCUCACCUACCUCACCUGUCGUUCCCCCUCGGCUUCCGGCGGCGAGUUCCUUCGACGAGUCAGCCAGCCAGCCGCCAACCAGCCAGCCAGCGAGGUGCUACCCUCGAAACGAAACACUUUUAUUUUUCUCCGGUUUCCAGGUGAUCGGGUUCCCACCACCUGUCAUCGUGUUCCAAGACCAACGGAACCGGGAACUCACUCUCUCUACCUCGGUGGUGUAAACUAGAACCCAGCGGUGUCGUGGGCUUUGCUGUGCCGUGGCAUGGCGGUGGUGGUACCGCGCCAUGAACUCCACCUACCCUAGCUGGUGGAGGACCUCAGCUCGCUGAGAGCUGGCCGCGGGACAGUCCGGGAUGCAAGUAUGGACUCUGGUGCUGGGCUGGGUGCUGGUGCUGUGUCCCACCAGCACUCGAGGGCACGUGGCGCUCACGUUCCCACCGGCCAGGCGCUACGAUUUGGAUUUCCUCGACAACGGGCGCACCAAAGCACCGUGUGGGAUGCCAAGAAGCAACAUCGUGACCACUCUCCCAGUUGGUGCAACGAUAAACGUCACCUGGCAUCUGGCAUAUCCUCACAAGGGAGGUUACAAACUCGAACUGCUGGAUGCAAAUGAGAAGCAUUUGCAGGACUUGACGGACACAUCAGCAGGAGAGUAUCUCGGAUUAGACGAUGCUACGGCACAAAGCUCAACGGUGCGUCUGCCUGGGUCGGUGGCGUGCCGCGGCUGUUCCCUCCGUCUCUUGCGGCAGGCGGCAGAAUGGGGUGGAAAGUACCUCUUCUGGAGUUGCGCCGACGUCGACCUCGUACCAGUGUCGGAAUUUCACGUAAUCUGCUCGGGCCACGGGCGAAUCGAAGGAGGUCGUUGCCUGUGCGACCAUCUAUACUCCGGCAACGUCUGCCAAUACAAAGACGAAUGCUGGGCUGAUUCAGACUGCGGCUUUCAUGGACGGUGCAUCAACGUAGAUGCCACCACAUACCCCCGCAUGCAGUGCUUCUGCCAGAUGGGUUGGUUCGGCAAAGACUGUAAUCGAGAGUCUGCCGUAACCCGCGAGAGCCUCGACUUCUCUCAGUACCGCAGCAGGAAGCUCUCGGACAGAUUCACACUUUAUUGGAGAAUCCUACAGAAGAGCUCGGAGAUUGAGAUGGUGAUGAAGGUGCGGGGCACUUCCUACGCUGCCGUGGGUUGGAGACCAAAGGACUUAACUAAUUCCUGCAAGGCGUUCCCACCGCUUCCUAUCGACAGCAACCAGCGCUCCAGGAGGGAGGCUCUCACAACAAAGUCGCCACAAGAAAGGACAACCCUGUUCCCAGCCAGGCCUGCAACGCUGCCCGUGCACGCGCGCCCUCUACGGACUACACUACUCAGUUCGUUGAAGCCUCGCACUGAACCACCACCCGUGAUAAAGCCCACCGAGCCAAAAGCUGAGCCAGUUGCUGAGCCGACAGCUGAGCCAACUCCGGAGCCGGCACCCGAGCCCAGCCCCGAGCCGGCGGCCGAGCCUAGUCCAGAGCCGUCAUCUGAGCCAACUCCCGAGCCAUCCGCUGAACCUGUUCUAGAGCCGUCCGCUAAGUCUACUCCAGAGCCGUCUGCCGAGCCUGCUCCAGAGCCAUCAGCCGAGCCUGUUCCAGAGCCAUCUGCCGAGCCCGUCCCGGAGCCAUCAGCCGAGCCAGCUCCAGAGCCAUCUGCCGAACCUGCUCCCGAACCGUCUGCAGAGCCCGCUCCGAAAACGUUAGCAGAGUUCCAGGCAAAGCCGACAUCCAAGCCAAAUCCAGAGCCAAGUCCAGAACCACACGCCCCUUCGGGGCACACACAAAAACCAGAGUCUGUGCCAUCUGCAGAACCCGAGCCGCAGCCCGAACCAAAGCCGGAACCGGAGCCAAAGCCAGAGCCACAGCCCGCCACCCCAGAAGGCAGAAGCCUGGGGCCACAUGAUCACCGCUACCCACCGAGCGGGCCAUACACGCCCAAGGCAGACUUCCAUCCGAUGGACUGCACAGAUAUAGUGAUGGGUGUGGCGAGAGGCAACCUCAGUCGUGUGUUCGACAUGUACACGCGGGACAGAUCCACGCCACGGCCAGACGAGUUCUACGGGGGUAGGGACGAUCUUUCGGCCGCCUUUGCCUAUGAGGAGGACGGCCACACUGUGGUGCUCUUCCGCAAGUCCCUUCUCGCGGCCGAGCUCACGGACCAGCCCCUAGAGGACGCUCAGACGCUGGUCAUCUGGGCACGGGGGCAGGAGCCCGGCGACUACAUCCACUCUCCCAAGACGGGGCUGGAUGAGGGGCGAGCUCGCGUGCUCGACUUCUACAGGCAAGACGAGGUCAAGUACCACGGCCACCGCAACCAGAGGGGCAGCCUCAGCCUCAACUUCCACGGUGGGAAAACCAGCAAAGACCUCUGCAAAGGCGAGUGGAGUUACCCGCCCGGCUGCCAAGCGGAACAGUGCCUCUACAGCAUCACUUGGGACGUCGACCCGCGCUCUGAGAAUGUUGCCUUUGAGGUGCGGAGCACGAGUGCCGACAAGUGGACGGGAGUCGGCUUUUCCGAGGACAGGCGCAUGCCCAAGACUGACGCCAUCAUUGGCUGGGCAGAGAAGACUGGGCGCUUCUACGUGUACGACAUGUGGUUACCGGGGUACGGCGAGCCCAUGAACGACGUGCAUUCCGACGUCUUCAACGUGACGGGGCAGUACGACGGCGGCGUCGUGACGCUCCGCUUCACGCGAAAGCUCGACACUGGUGACGACACCAACGACCUGGGUUUCACCGAGGACCGCUGCCUCCACCUCGUCUUCCCGGUCUGGGGUGGCACCUACAACAGCGUGCUCCGCAAGCUCGGGCGCCACGCGCGCUCGCCGCACGUCUCCAAACACCCGCUGUGCCUCCGGGGUUGCCGAUCGCCACCUCCCCCGACCGUCGCUCCGACCGCUCCACCCACCGCUCCGCCGCCCCCCGCUCCGCCGGCGAGCGAACAUCCAAUCGCUGACGUUCGCGGCGAGAGUUCCGAUGCCUGCUCCGGGAGCUGGAGGUUCCCGGAGUCGUGCUCGGGUGAUGGCUGCGAGUAUGCAGCCAGCUGGAGCUACCACGCGCCCUCGGAUCAGGUGCUCUUCACCGUGAGCACAAGAAGCAACAAGUGGACGGGCAUCGGCUUCUCGAGCAACAGGGCAAUGCCCAAAACCGACGCCAUCUUGGGGUGGGUCGAAGAAACCGGCCGGUUCUUCAUCAUGGACGUCUGGAUGGACGGCUACGAGGCCCCGUUCCUGGACCCAGUUCAAGACGUCGGCAACAUGUCGGGGAGUCGGCAGGACGGGCGGACCACUCUGAGCUUCGCGCGACGCCGGUACUCCGGAGACGCCGCUUACGACCUGGACCUCGACCAGUGCCUCUACCUGGUGUUCCCGACCCACGGCGGAGUGUUCAACGCCGUCUCCAAGAAGAUCCGCCACCACGAACAGACGCCCCUCGUGUCCCGGGAGCCCGUCUGCUUCAUGCACUGCCACCCGGGCGCUGUGGUACCAACGGGGCCACCGGUACCGGAGACGAGGGCAACCAGCGCUCCGAGCACGGUCAGCCCGCCCCUGGAAGAGUACAGGGUGAAGUUGCAGCUGCUUGAGCCCUGGCAGGCCAGCUACGGAGUCAAGGGCUCCCGGCCGUUCACCCUCCUCAAUCGACAACUAGUCGACGGGUUGGAGCCUGCUCUGAACGAGGUGGUACAGAAACACCAGCUGCGACUUACCCGCGUCACAAGGGAACCCGACGGACUGGUGGCCGAGAUGCGGCUUCUGCUGGCGGCCGACGCAGAGCCGACGGAGGUGGCGCAGGCUCUCCAGGCGGCGCUGCAGCCGGGGCUGCUGGGGGCCGUGCGGGUCAACCCUUCCUCGCUCACGGUGCACUCGAGCAACGCUCCAGAGUCCCGGCCAAAACAGUCGGCCAUCCCAGGUGUGCAGGCGGGAAGCUCUCCCGACACCAGCCAGGCCAAGCUGUACGCGGUCGUGGCCGCAGUCGCGGCGCUGGUCUUGCUGCUCCUGGUGCAGGCUGCGGCCAUGGCGUGUCGGAGGAAAAGGCAACCCCAACCGCCAGCCCCCAACAGAGAGAAACUGCUGGCCAGCUCUCACUGGAAGGACUACUCCACCACCGCAAGCAGCAACUACAGCUACGAGAACUUCGCGCUGCGCGCCGAGGACGACCUCGGGCCCCCCGCGGGGGCGCCGCACCGACCGGCCAGCGCCACCUACGAGCGCGGCUCCACCACCGCCGUCAGGCCGCAGGCGAACCCGUACGCGACCACGCAGCGGACGCAGCACCAGCCGCAGGAACUCAACCCCGACUUCUACUUCAUGCCACACCAGCGCCGUUACUCGGGAGAGGUCGUGCGCGUCUUCGUGGACUACAGCAACCCGGAAUACACUGGCGGUGCCAAAUGAUUGCGGUCCAGCAACAGUGUUUUCUUCCCACCUUUUGUCCGCUAACCGUCGGAGCCGUUGCGACGGCGGGAAAGAAAUGUGGAAACGUGCGGGGGCAAGAGUGGCUCGGAAAAAAGGCUAGUACGUGGCCGCCUGCAACCGCUUUUGUCGCGCGACAUCGACAAGGAAGAGUGCGUCGAAAUGUGUGAAAGAGAGGCCGGCAUGGCCGUGCAACCUCCUAGGGCCGCUCCGUCGGAAGACGAGCGGGACUGACAAGGACAGUGAAAAACAAUUUUGUGAAAAAAAAAGAGACGAAGAGGCAAGUAUUGACGUGGUGCUACGCCGGCAACUUCAGUUAUUACGUCCCCAGAGACGUCUAAACAUGUGCGAAAGUUCCCUAACUAGCGGGUUUUAAACUAACCCUCCUUCGCUACAAUGUGCUAACUGGAAGCGUCUUCCCUGCGGCAGACGGUGCCGCCGCAGCUUCGGUCUCAGAAAUGCGAGUUCCGGGAGAGGAAGUCCGUUUUCCUAAGCGACGGCCACACCUCGUUUAGGCUCGCACGUUUCGCUCCCUCCCACACUGUAAAUAGAUACCCACCCCCCUUUCCCCCGCGACCUCACACCUCCUACGGUAAACUCGACUCAAUCUAACUCGAUCGCUCGAAAUGACGCGGCCGUGCCCGUUUCCCGAGCCAACCAACGCCACAACGGGAACGCGGCUGCCGCGUCAAAGGACGCGCGUCUCUCCUUCCAAGUAUUUAUUUUACCUGGGACACAUUCCAAAAGCAGUAGAAGUCGUCGUGUCGGCAAAUAAACAGCUUUGCCCUCCAAUCCCCCAA